AUGCCCAAAACCUCCACACAAAAACACAGGUCCAAGACCACCACUCGGAAGAAGCAGAAGAAGCUGUCUCGGGGGCUCAAAUACCUAUUCGAUUUCCUUGUCGUCGUCCUCCUUGUCGUCGUCGUCGUCGUCCUCAUCCUCCUCUUCAUCCUCAUCCUCAUCCUCCUCGUCCUCAUCCUCCUCUUCAUCCUCAUCCUCUUCAUCCUCAUCCUCUUCUUCAAAAAACUCCAACUCCGACUCCAAUCGGGAUCUUAA